CGCGAUUUAAAUUUUAACCGUCAACGGUCUGUGUCUCCGCCUCUGCUUAUUUUUCAUCCGUUCUACUCGUUUCAUUUUCUGGAAUAAAAAAAGUAAACGCGAAUAUGGAAAGUGGUUCUUCAACCGAAGAACAUUCGAAGGACUCAACAAUUUCGAUUUGUGUUUGGAAACUGCGACGCUAUGGUCGAUUUAUCCCCGAAGGCAAAGCAAAACCCAAAUCCUCGGCCAGUAACGUUAACUGUGCGUGGAAGAUCUUCGAGUCCAGUGAAAGCGCUGGCCAGCUGGAGCUCAAUAUUCUGGCCUCUGGUCAUCUGCUAGUGUCUCAAGGCCAGGAACUCUUGGAGGGCUUUUCUCUGCUCGACGCACAGAGCUUCUUUGAAAAUCCAGCACAAAGUCAGACAGUCUGCUAUUCAACAUGA